UAUUAGAGACCCAAUCGAAGAGAGAGAGAAAAAAAAAAAAAAGGGAAAAGGGAAAAGGGAAAAGGCGAUGGGUUUGAAGGAAGAGUUUGAGGAGCAUGCUGAGAAAGCCAAAACUCUGCCGGAAAAUACCACCAAUGAGAACAAGUUGAUCCUUUACGGACUUUAUAAGCAGGCGACUGUCGGAGCAGUCAAUACCAGCCGGCCUGGCAUCUUCAAUUUGAAGGACAGAGCCAAGUGGGAUGCUUGGAAGGCUGUGGAAGCGAAGUCGAAGGAGGAAGCGAUGAACGAUUACAUCACGAAGGUGAAGCAGCUGCAGGAAGAAGCUGCUGCUGCUGCUUCUGCUUGAGCCGGCAUAUGAACUAUGUAUUGGCCUUUGCCUCUUAUGGCGCUAGUCGGUUCAAUCAUUCUAGUAUAUGAACUAUGAACUAUGAACUAUGAACUAUAUGAACUAUGAACACUGUGUGUUGUUGGGUGCUUAUUCUGCUAUUUAUCUGUCUCUUAUCGCUCGAGAACGCCAUUUAGUCGUUCGUAUGUUAUCGAUUCAGUCAUAUGCUAUCUGCAUCUUGAGCUGUGUUUUAGUGAAUUUAGUUGUUAGUGUGUUUGAAUGAAGUUGUGUAA